AUGUCCAAUGAUAGCAAUAAAACGGCCAGAAACGCAGAAGCGCCUCCACCGCCAUUUUACAUAUGUAGAGAGCAUAAGAGUACGGUAAAUUACCUACACUUGUUUGAUAAAGAUCAGUAUCUUGCUUCCUGUGAUAAUGAUGGUUGGAUUGUUAUCUGGAAGAUGCAAACAAAGCGACCUAUUAAAAAAUGGAAAGCGCAUCAAUCGAGUUGUUUAAAAGUCUAUAGUAUUGACAAUGACACUAAACUGAUAAGUCAGGGCAGAGAUAACAAAAUCCAUAUAUGGAAACUGAUAACUGCAGCAGAAGAACAGCAACAGCAGCAAAUGGAAGAUCUACCAGAGUUAAUAUCCUCUAUCACUUAUAAUGGCGUAGGCUUUUGUAAAUUUGCAUGUUUUGAGGCUAAGCAAGCCGUUAUACUAUGCUUUCCUUCAAAAGAGGAGCUUUCUAUGUUUGAUAUUUAUGACUUAACAAACGAACAUUAUAUACUUCAGAAUGUAAAUGACGAUACUGGUACACUUCGUCUAGGCACCUGUAUGGCCGUACAGAUGUUUGUGCCGUCCAAUCUUCCUCAACAAAACGAGGAAGAUCACGAUAUCAAAACCAGCUUUCAUGUCCUGGCAGGUUAUGAAAGUGGAAUGGUGGUUCUAUGGGAUUUGGGAGCAACGAGGCAUAGUGAAAGAAAGAAAAUUCUCUGGCACAGACAUGAACAUAAAGAGCCAAUUCUUGAUUUGGCUGUAGAUAACACGCACUUAUUCGGUUUGUCCUCUUCCGCGGAUAAUCAACUUUGCAACUACUCUCUAUCUACAGGUGAAACCGUAAAAAGGAUUACUCUAAAAAAAUCUGGAGUUGUAUCAUUGAGAAUCCGUUCAGACAAUAAGAUAUUUGCAUCAGGAGGAUAUGACAAUAGAAUCAGACUCUUUUCAGUCAAAACAAUGAAGCCUUUGGCUAUUUUAUCUUAUCACAAAGGUUCGGUAUACAGCCUGGAGUUUGGACGUGAAAAUCAUAGCUUGCUUAUUGGUGGAAGUGAGGACAAUCGGAUCAGUCUAUGGAAUAUUUAUUGA